CCAUGCAAUAACACUGUUGCUGAGGUAUCCCGGGAAAUUUCAGGACAGUGGAAGACACAGCGAACGGGAAAGCGGCAGGGACGUGUUCCAGGUGUUUCUAGGCGUACAAAUUGGUACCAUCCAUUCCUAUGGGAUGCAAUUGAUCGCAUUGCACCAAAGGUCGACUUCAGUCCCUCAAAAAUUGUUGAGUUCUUGAAGAAAGAGAGUCCGGCACUGUACAAUCGAUUGAAUAAGGGUACAGUCCAGAAAUGGAUUGCACCGUGCGGAACGAAAUGGUCUGAUACAACAAUCCGCAAUGUCCAGAACAAGCGUAUCUUAGGGGGUUCUGGACGUGUUGGUGCUCUUACAAAGUACCCUGAGCUUGUUGAGGAGAUUAAAACGAACUUUCUGGGCUUUCGUGCAAAAGGUUACCCACUGAAUGCAGUAAUUGGCCGUUCUAUGAUGCUUGCCAUCAUUGAAGCUCGCAAUCCGGAUAUCCUCACAUCGAACUUCAAAUGCAGUGAGGUACGUAUCUUAUGUGUCUGUCCCUAUCACAAUAGUGGACAUGUGCCUUGA